GCAGGCUGGCUAAUGGGGUGAGCGGAGAGGCGGAGAAGCAGGAGGGGAGCCGAGCCGAGCGCGGAGAGUAGCCCUCGGGAAGAAGGGGGCUGAGGGGGAAAAGUGCCUGUGCUACGGCAUGCUGCAGACACCCCUCGCUCGCUCGUUCGCCUGGCUUCCCUCCUCCCGCCGUCUCCUCGGCGCUCGCUCGCUCUCCCUCGCUCUCGCCCUCUCUCCAGUCUAGCUUGACGCAGGCGGCAGCUCGCGAUCGCCCUUUGCAAGCCCGCCGUCGGUGAAGCUGGGGCGCCGGUGGGGCGCCGCCGAACCAGGAUGGUGGGGCUUCUCCUUCCCUUCGCCUAGCUCCGCCGAAACGACGCGAAGGGAAGCGGCAGCGGAUCCUUCGCCGAGUCAGGCUGGAGGCGUGCGUUGAAGGGCGAACGGGAUCUGCUGGCGGCGGCGGCGGCGGCAGCAGGUCGCUCGGAGCAGCGAUUGGCAAAGUUGGCUUGAAGUGGGACAAGCGGCAGGCGGCGGCGGCGGCGGCUACUCGGCGGGGCGGGGGGCAAAGUUGCGACGAGAGGAGCGGGGGGCGCAGGCAGGAGCCCCAGGGAGGAGGAGGAGGAGGAGGUGGUGGAGGAGGAAGAGGUGGAGGUUGAGGAUGGGGACGCUGCGGGAUUUACAAUAUGCCUUGCAAGAAAAGAUCGAGGAGCUCCGGCAGCGAGAUGCGCUCAUCGACGAGCUGGAACUGGAGCUGGAUCAGAAGGACGAGCUGAUCCAGAAGCUGCAGAACGAGCUGGACAAGUACCGCUCCGUGAUCCGGCCCGCCACCCAACAGGCGCAUCAGCAAAGCUCCGGCACCUUGCAGGGCGAGCAGAGGACCAAGAGGCAGGCCAUUUCCGCCGAGCCCACGGCUUUUGACAUCCAGGACCUCAGCCAUGUCACCCUGCCUUUCUACCCCAAGAGCCCACAGUCAAAGGACCUAAUAAAGGAAGCUAUCCUUGACAAUGACUUCAUGAAGAACCUGGAAUUAUCUCAGAUCCAGGAAAUUGUGGAUUGUAUGUAUCCAGUGGAAUAUGGCAAGGACAGUUGUAUCAUCAAAGAAGGAGAUGUUGGCUCACUGGUGUAUGUCAUGGAAGAUGGAAAGGUUGAGGUUACAAAAGAAGGAGUAAAGCUGUGCACUAUGGGGCCUGGGAAGGUGUUUGGAGAACUGGCUAUCCUAUACAACUGCACCCGGACAGCUACUGUCAAAACUCUCGUAAAUGUGAAACUUUGGGCUAUUGAUCGGCAAUGUUUCCAAACAAUAAUGAUGAGGACUGGCCUUAUCAAGCAUACAGAGUAUAUGGAAUUUUUAAAAAGCGUUCCAACAUUCCAGAGCCUCCCUGAAGAGAUCCUUAGUAAACUUGCUGAUGUUCUUGAAGAGACACACUAUGAAAAUGGAGAGCACAUUAUCAGGCAAGGUGCUCGGGGAGAUACUUUCUUCAUAAUCAGCAAAGGAAAGGUAAAUGUCACUCGUGAAGAUUCACCUGGGGAAGAUCCUAUAUUUCUUCGUACUCUAGGAAAAGGAGAUUGGUUUGGGGAAAAAGCACUCCAGGGGGAAGAUGUCAGAACGGCUAACGUUAUUAGUGCAGAACCCGUGACCUGUCUUGUCAUCGACAGAGACUCUUUCAAACAUUUGAUUGGAGGCCUGGAUGAUGUUUCCAAUAAAGCAUAUGAGGAUGCUGAAGCAAAAGCAAAAUACGAAGCCGAAGCUGCCUUCUUCGCCAACCUGAAGCUGUCUGACUUCAACAUCAUUGACACUCUUGGAGUUGGAGGUUUUGGCAGAGUUGAACUGGUGCAGUUGAAAAGUGAUGAAUCAAAAACCUUUGCAAUGAAGAUACUAAAGAAACGUCACAUAGUAGACACGAGACAGCAAGAACAUAUACGCUCAGAAAAACAGAUCAUGCAAGGCGCUCACUCAGAUUUUAUUGUGAGGCUAUAUAGGACAUUUAAGGACAGCAAGUAUUUAUAUAUGUUGAUGGAAGCCUGUUUAGGUGGAGAGCUUUGGACAAUUCUCAGGGACAGAGGUUCAUUUGAAGAUUCUACAACCAGAUUUUAUACAGCUUGUGUGGUAGAAGCUUUUGCCUAUUUGCAUUCCAAAGGAAUCAUUUAUAGGGACCUCAAGCCAGAAAACCUCAUCCUAGAUCACCGAGGUUAUGCCAAAUUGGUCGAUUUUGGUUUUGCAAAAAAAAUAGGAUUUGGAAAGAAAACAUGGACUUUUUGUGGAACUCCAGAGUACGUAGCCCCAGAGAUCAUUCUGAACAAAGGUCACGAUAUUUCAGCAGACUACUGGUCACUGGGAAUCUUAAUGUAUGAGCUCUUGACUGGCAGUCCACCUUUCUCAGGCCCAGAUCCCAUGAAAACAUAUAACAUCAUACUAAGGGGGAUUGACAUGAUUGAAUUUCCAAAGAAGAUUGCCAAAAAUGCUGCUAAUUUAACUAAAAAACUAUGCAGGGACAACCCAUCAGAAAGAUUAGGUAACUUGAAAAAUGGUGUCAAGGAUAUUCAAAAGCACAAGUGGUUUGAAGGCUUUAACUGGGAAGGUUUAAGAAAAGGUACAUUGACACCUCCUAUUGUACCAAGUGUUGCAUCUCCAACUGAUACAAGCAAUUUUGAUAGCUUCCCUGAGGACAACGAUGAACCACCACCUGAUGACAACUCAGGAUGGGACAUAGACUUUUAAUGUUUUUCUCUUACCUGCUUCUGCCUUGCUGAAGACAGCUUCCUGAGACAUGGCUGCCAGCAGACCUGAAAGAUUUGGGAAGGAUUCAUGCUCGGGGUCACCAUGAUGCCUUGAUUGAUGCUGCUACAGUAAUUACAGUGGCAUUAGGACUUCUUGUUUAGAUGACAAUAGUGCUCUUCACAUGUUUUCUGUUUGAAUUUAACACAGCAGUUGACAUGGUGGUCCUGAAGCAAAACUUUUUUCACCAAUAAUUUACAUGUGUUUUCUAUCAUGGUACCGAACAUGCUAUGCCUCCAUUACGAUUUGAAAGUUCAUAGAAUAAGAUGCACAUAAUUCUAGCUGUUAAGUUCAUUUUCUUUAUUGAUAAAUAUAUUCCAAGCUGUUUAAGUACUGUAGCCGAUUCUAUGCCUGUAGAAUCAAUGGUACAGUAGCUGGGGUAAUCCCCCAAACUGCAGGUUGAGUGCAUUGAGCCUCUUAAAGAAGGCCAAUGUGUUAAACUAAGGAGGACCAGAAAAAAAUGGAGCUCAUGUCAAAGCAGUGCUAUAAUUUGUCUUUCUUUUCAAGCAGUAUACAAGACAAGAAUGAAUGUUACCUUUCUCCAUUUUUAGUUCUGACACGCUUUUCUUCCCAAUUGAUAACAGAAGCACAACUGCUACACUUCCUGCUAAACUGUUAAGCAAGUAUGGGUCAAUCAAUCCUCAAAUCAUAUGUCUGAGAACUUACUUUUUAUCGUUUCUUUUGUGGAUUACAGAUACGUAAGAGCAUGUGAAAAAUGUUCAUAAAACUAUUCGUUUUACGUAUAUAUCAUAACCAUCUUUUAAAAGAAAAAGAAAGAAUGCUUAUUUCAGAGGUCCUACAAAACAAAAUAUUAACCAACUGUAGAUAUUAGGCCUUUACAAUUAUUCUAAAAUAACAAUCACACUGAGAGCCCCUUGAAGUUGCAAAAUCCACUGCAUUAUUAUAUAGGUGCUAUGUACAUCUUUCAUCUGUGAAAGAAAACAAACUUCCACACUCGUUUUUCAGAGAAAAAAAAAGAUGUAGCAAGAAAUUUCACUGUCAGUUAGAACUGUAUGAGUGGGUGUAUUCCUAUGCACACUCAUACAUGGGUGAUAUAUAUAUAUACAUAUUUUUAAUGCUACUAUGCGAUACUGCCCUCGCUUUGUUUUCUUUUCCAUUUUCCAAGAUCCCACAAGUAUUUUAUUUAUUCCCCCCCAAAGAUAAUUAGUCAAUCUUUCCUUGUAAAAUAUAACUCCUACAGAUCAGUCUACAAACAUGGAACAAUGUAAUUGAAAUGGGAUGCUUCAAAUAUGCCUUUCCUUUCAAAAGGAGGAUUAAAUUCACCUUUAAAUAUGUCUGUUGAAGUGGACAAGUCUUUAAAUGAGUCCAUCUAAAUGAUGAAUUACAUCUACCAGUUAUGAAUCUUUUAAUAGUCAGUGCUACAAAGUAAUUUGUCCAUACUUGUUAGGGGAAUUCAACAUGUUCAGAGGACAGAAAUGUCAGAAAGGCUAUUACAGAUAACAAUUUUCGAGGCAAUUCCAGCCAAGACUUCCAUGUAUCAGUACGACUUCGUUAGCAUUUGUCAAUACACUGCUGAAGUGGUCUUGCAUCUGCGACAGCUUCUUAAAUGAGUUCCACAAGGAGAAAACCAACAGCCACAUUUACAGAAUGUCCGUUUCCUUUGGAAUUCUCUCCAGAGUUUAACGACUUACUCUUUCCUCUGAAUCCAGAAAUAAAUUUACACCUCUAGAUUUGUCACCAUGCAUUAAUUUAGCUUGCUUCCCAUUAUCUUUUCCCCCUAUGUUGCCUAAUACCAUUCUGUUUAUUUACUUUGCCCUAUUCAGCAUUUGAAGUCCUAUUAAUGGGGACCAGAUUCAGGCUAAUAUGGUUAUUACCAUAUAUAGGCUAUAAUGCUAUUACAUUUUACUGGAAAUAAAUUCCAUUGAACUUAAUGAUGGUCACAUCCGAUUAGACACGUGCAAGUUUAUUUUUUUUUCUUUUCCUCUGAAAUUUAUGAAAUAUGAAUCAUGACUAGCUUGUACCACAAUUUUCAAUGAUACCAAAAUUUAGUUAUUUUAGUUAUUUUACAAUGCAGUGCAGCAUGUGCUUAGACAGAAGUAAGACCUACCUUACUCAACAGAACUUAUUCUGAAAUAGGUAUAUAUAGGAUUGUUACCUUAGUCUGGUUCUAAUCCAGUUUGCAUAACUUAGAAUUUCCCUGUUGUUGAACAGGGAUUGUAAAAUGAACUUGAAGCGAAACACUGGCUGUUGAAUACAUUGCACUGGUUUAGCAUUAUAUCUAAAAUUGUCAAAAAGUUCAUUUUCCUCAUAAUUGAUGGUUAGAGAUUAGCCCCAAAACAUCCAUAAAUGAAGCUCAUUGGCUACUUCCAAUUUAUCACCCAGUUAUUUCAGUGGGGGGAAAAAAGCUUUCUAAUCUAAUACAUUUGAAGACAACAUAGAAAUUUUGAAGGAUAAAAAACAAAAAGAGAUGAUAAUCUCUUCAUAAUAUUCUCAUAUAUUUUAUACAAACUUGUGGCUUCUUUUUAAGAUAUUUAGUUUUGGAAAAAAAAUACUGUAGUGUUUGUCUGUUCCUAGUGAUGGCUUCCACCAAAAAUAAUAAUAAAAGAACCAGCAUCAACCAGGACUGGUACAAUAUAAUAAAAUUGUCCUGGAAAUAGCAUUCUGCUUCCAAUAGACAUAGGAUCAUGAGUAGAAAUCCUUGAUAUGGCAUUUAACAUCCAAUCACAUGUACAUCAAUCAGCUUUACUAUAAUGGUUCAAGCUUCCAAACCUUAGUAAAGGUAAAUCUUUUUAAUUGAGCUUAGUUACUGGGAAGAGCAAGCAAUAGGCCACUGUAAUUUUCUGGGAUAUACAUACAUAUAUAUAUAUAUAUAUAU